AAAGCAGGAGAGCUGAAAAAGAGAUGCAGUCAGCGCCUCCUCCGCUAGACGACGGGCUCUUUGUGGGUCGACCGUCCACCUCUCGUUUGCAGCUGCGCCCUAGAACAAGAAAUAGACGCAGUCACAGCAGACCUGGGACAGCGGCGGGAAUACCUCGAGCAAGCUCAGUCCCUCUCCUCCCUGGAGAUCACGUGAGCCAGCCCUCCUCUUCAAGACAGUAUAUAUACAUGAUUGCAGCAUUGUCGUGAUCUUUUGUUGCACAGCAGGUAAAUUUGGAGGUGCAUUCCACACCCAUCUCCCUGGCAACCCGAUCACUUACAAACACAGCGGGAGCCACUAGAGUACCGUUCACUGCUGCUGCACUGGACGAACGAACCCACCCCAAACCACUCCACGAUAAACCAGUCCACGAUACACCUGUUGACAGUAAAGCAGUAAAAAAGUCCAGAACAAAACCCAAGGUGUCGGUCACUACUAGACGUGGGAAAAUUGCAGCACAUUUUAAUGGUUUGAGAAGUGAACCACUGGACGCUGCAAAGGUGGAAAUAAUUUCUUCUGGCAUUGAAGGAGGAGAAACAGAGAGAAGAAUAAGUAGAAUAAGAAGAGAGGAAGAUGAGAAGGAAAAUGAGGGGGUGGUUUGUAAUGAAGUGGCUCUAAAAAGUGAAGUGGUGAUUCCUAAUCUAAGUGGGUCCGUGGACACUGAGUGGUUGGAGGGAGGGAAGAGAGAGACGGCGGCUAGACGGAUACAGAACUGGUACCGCAGCCACCAACGAGAGAGGCAGAGGGCACGGGUGGCCCAAGUGAGGAGUCUUCUCAGGGAGAAGAAGACGGAAUUGGACACCAGCCGCAGCAACCAGCUCAACCUUUCGCUGAGAGAGGAGAAGGAGAGGGAAGAGAAGAGACGAAGGAGACAGGAGAAGAUGGCAGCCAGCAGACAGGCAGCCAUCUUGAGUCUGCAACAGAAGAGAGAGGAGAGGAGGAGAGAGGGAGAGAGGAUUGCCCAGGAGGAGAUUGCUCUGUUGCAGGCAAGUGGUAAGAUAAAGAGACGAGGCGGGGAGAGAGAGAAGAGAAGGAGAAAGAAGGAGGUUGUGGAGGACGAUGAGAAAGUGUCACAGCCAAAGAGCAGAGAGUCGCUGGGACCAAACAGUACACCCUCUCCCAAUAAGAAAUCACCACUGAGAGAGGCCCAGUCUGGGUCCCAUGUCACUCAGUCCCCAGUCCAGCCCACACCUCCUGUUGUCACCACGAACACUAGCACCUAUGCUGACAUUCUGGACACUCUAAGGCUUCUUGAGGAAGCUCCACCCCCUUUGCCGGGGUCAAACUCUAAAGAAUUUCUGCCCAAACCUUAUUCCUCUGCUGUUGUCGAGGUGGGUGUGGCCAGACAUAUUGGCCCCACCCACUCUUCCACGGUGGGUGUGGCUAGAGAGAGCGGCCCCGCCCAGUCUAAUCUGUCGGAGAGCAGAUUGCAGAGUAUUCUGAGUUACCUGGAUGAGGUGGAGAGGGUGGACGAGGGGAGAGGGGCUUCCACUACUGGCAGGAUCCCCACAUCUCAUACUGUCAAACCGGGCGGUGGGGGACUGGGGGAGGAGCUAGAGACCGUUGCCAGUGACGUAACUUCCACAAUUCUCUCCCAGAGAAUGGAGAUUGAUAACAAGAACAAGACGGUUGAAAUGCUGCAGAAAGCUCUGAACCAGCAGAGAGAGCUGACAGUGUAUCAUGCCAAGGAGAUGGACAAGGAAGGAGAGAGGAGGCUGGACUUACAGAGGCAGGAAUAUGAGACCACAAUUCAGAGACAUCAGACGUUUAUUGACCAGUUGAUAGAGGAUAAGAAGAAGCUGGGAGAGAAGUGUGAGAAACUAGUGAGAGAGCUGAGGGACACCAGCUCCAAGUACCAGACCAAGGUCAAGACAAUGGAGGAGACGCACGUGGCAGAGCUGGAGAAGGUGAGGCAGGUGGCGGCCGCGACAGACAAGCUGAGGAGAGAGAAGUGGAGGGCGGAGGAGAGCCGGCGGAUCAAAGAGGCCACGGUGAGGAGCCUGGAGCCAGAGAUUCAGAGGAUCAUUCAGAAAGGAAAGACGGACAUCCAGAGACUCAAAGCUACACAAGAAGCAGAGUUGUUGGCGGCAGACGAGAGGGCAGGGAGGAGGUUUGUUGCUCAGAUGGAGGAGCUGCGGGCACAGUGUGCCGCCGAGAAGGAGCAGGCCUGCGCCCACGAGAGAGAGCUGGCAAGACAGAGGUACGAGAAGCUGGCAGAGCAGGAGGAGAUGAGCUCCCAGCAGCAGAGACGGCGUCCUGUUUGCAGAGCUGGAGCAAGAGAGGGAGAAGAUGGCCGCCCAGUGGGACCUCCAGAGACACCAGCUGGAACAACAACUGACCGAGUCCCAGGAGGCCCGUGCCAGAGAGGUGGAAGAGCUACAGAGAGAACACUCUCGAGUGAUGGAGGAGGCGGAGAGACGACACGGCUCCCAGCUGAGGUCUCUGGAGGAGAGGCUGGCAACAGAGAGGGGGGCGUGGCAGGAGAACUACACCCGGAGACAGGAGACGGCUUUCCUCGCCAGAGAGAGGGAGAUGAGAGAGAAACUACGACUGGAGAGAGACAAGGAGAUAGAGAUGGUAAUCAGUCGUCUGGAGAAGGAGGCGGAGGUCACCAAGACACAGAAUGAUAAAGCCGCCGACGCCAGAAUCAAACGUAUCCGUGAGAAGUGUGAGGCGGAACUGACAGAGGUGGAGCGACUGGAGCGAAGUACCCAGGAGAAACUGACAUCGGCCAAGAGGGAGUUGGGGGAGAGGGAGGGAGAGGGGGCGCGACUCCGCAGUCUCCUCCGGCAGAAGGAAGAGGAGGUGAGGCAGGUGGGGGAGGUGGCAGAGAGACUCACUCGAGAGAGGGACAAUGUGACUGACGUCGUACGACAAGAGUUUGCCGACAGACUGGUGUCGACGGAAGAGGAAAACAGGAGAGUAAAGCUGGAGAUGAGCGAGCUGCGAGCCAGACGCAAGCUGGAGCAGGAGCGAGGUCAGAGGGAGAAGGAGAGGGAGUUGGAGGAGGUCCACAGCAGAGUCAGACAGGCCCUGGAGAAGAAAGAGGAGAACCUAGCGAGUCUCCGUAGCCAGCACGCGGCCGCUCUGAGGAGAGCCGAACACCUGGAGAUGCUGCUGGAGAGACAGAGAAGAGAGCUCCUCGAGAAAUGAGCUCCCGUCACUCUGGAACAAUGCCUCCUCUCCUCAACGACAUUGUACAUUCUCAUACAGCAUCACGACUUCCAAAGCGGUUGUAGAUCCCGCACCUCUGAAUUCUGUGAUUUUAGUCAAAAUUGGUCUGCAACGGGUCGCACAGUGCGAAUGAACAACCCAGUUUUAAUACACAGUUCGCCACUAAUAAUAAUAAAUUGGUCAAUCUUCUGGAGAAAAAAGUAAUUAUAGUUGAGUUACAUUGUAUUGCAUGGACAAAAUUGCAACAAGAAGGAAGUACAAUGGCUGACAAUAUGUGUUAGUUUAGUUCCCUCUCCCUGCAAUCUGGUCAGAGAGAGAGAGAGACAGAGAAUG